GCGCGAGUGGGAGUGGAAGCGAGUCGCUCAGUCUCGGCAGCGUUCAUCCAUUCUCUCUCGCUCUUUCUCGCUCUCUCUCUCCCUCUCUCUUUCUGUGUGUGUGUCUGUCUGUGUGUGUGUGUGUGUAUGUGUGUGUGUGAGUGCGUGCGUGCGUGCGUGUGUGUGUGUGCGCGGCACUCCCCGUAAUCACACAGCUCUGUGUGCGUCCUCGGUGCGAACCGAGGGGCUCCCGACACGGGCUGUUCUCUGCGACUCUGGAAGCGAAAAGAGAAUCGGAGCAAGAAACAGAAGGAAAAGAAGAAGGGGAAAGAGAAAAGAGAAACUACUCGGGAUAGAUUCUCUCCAAAGCCGCCUUCUUGUCGCACGGAUUCCGCUGUUGGAAGCAGGGAGGGUGGGGGACGCGCGGAGCGGAGCGCAGCGACGCAAAGCGGGAGGAAAAGGGGCUUUUUCCGAGCACGGCGUGCUCCGUUCAGACCCAACAUGGCGCUGCUGCGAGGUACGGACGAGCUGAUUUAAUUUCUCCGCCAACCUCACCUCACCACCUGUAUCCUCUAAGCGGCUCGGACCGAACAGUUUUUCUUUCCUUCUGACUGGUCGGAUCCUCUUUUGUGGAUUUUUUUUUCUUUCAGGAUUUUCCCCUCCGUCGCUCUGUUUCGGCGCAGGAUCUUUUUGUAGCUCUAUGGAAGCUCCUAAAAAGUCCGCUUGAAAUAGAGAGUAAAGGAUGAGAGUCGGCUGUGGACAAUAGAACACACAUUGAGGGGUUUAUUUAUAAGAAUUGCCCCGUUUCGUGACAAGUGGAUAACCUGUUAGACACUUUUUUUUAUUUUUUAUUUUUCCUCCUCCUGGCCGGGAUCGUCUGUCUCCAGCAGACAGGACCGUAACCGGGGGCCAGUCUACGUAUACGUCCACGCACUGGGAAAAAAACAGGACAAAAGACUUGAAUCGGACUCUACGGAACUUGCACCAUUUAAACAGGGCAACAUCUGUUUCGUGAUGUCGAUGCUGAGACACAAACUAACCUGGCACUAAGACGAGGAAACGACAUCGCACAAAAUAUGGUGGAUGCAAGGUUGACGCCCCUGGCUGCGAUGGGGCUUGACCGAAGCACCCUGAUACACGACAGCCUCCGUCUCCAUGGUGGGGUCGUAUACCCAGGGAUCAGAACCCUCCAAACGGAGAAGAGCAGAGAGACACCCACCCUCCCACUCGCCUACAGUAGGGAUGGUCUCCCAGAGCUAAUUUACAAACCCGACAGCCCUCUGGACAGUCGUAAGCCUGCAAAUGGUUACCAGAGCCUCUACAAGGGCACCCACCCAAGCCUUCACAAGCCUGUGCUGGUUACUGGAGCUGAGGGCCUUGGCUUGGAACGGCGAGUAGGGCCCGGAGAAAAAGUGUCAGAGCUGGGGCUGGCUGGGGCAGGUGGCAGCUACCUCCGCAUGCCUCUGCUGAGCCCAUACCCGGAAGCAGGCAUGUAUCCCUUUAUGGACACAUCCAAGUAUGCUGCUUUGAACAUAUACAAAGCCUCCCUGCUCACCCAGCCCAGCCCCUACCUUCCCCAGCACCUGCCCUACCCACCCUUGUGUGCAGCCCAGGGGGUCAAUGUUACAUCUGCUGCAGCUGUUUCUGCUGCUGAGAGGCUCUACUAUAUACCUCCCUACCCUCCAUCUCCCAUUUCUUCUCCUCUGGUGGCCCCUCCCAUGAGGAUUCCUGCGGUCACAGUGACCCCUUCGCUGGUACACUGCCAAGACAAAGGGCUCGGUGUUACAUCUCCGUUUUCACAGCAGCUUCAUCAACCCUCUCCUCAUCCUCAGCACCAUCAGGCAGCCAUGGAACGAGACCGUUCUCCGAGCAGGAGCAGCAGACCAAGCAGACCUCCGUCCAGGAAGGGCACAACCAACAAUAGCACCAGUAGUACCAGCACCAGUGGCACCACUGUCGGGAAUAAUAGUCUGCCUGCUGAUUCUUCCCACAUGUCCUCCCGCCUCCCCCAGCCUCCCCCUCUGCCUGCUCUCCUUGACAAAGCACUGGAUUUGCAAAGACCAGUUGCCAGAAUAGGACAACCAUCCGUCUCUUCUGCGGCUUCAAUAUCUGCAUCUUCUGCCUCUACGCAGUCCAUUGCUCACCCUUUUUCUAUUAGCAGUAUGGCAUCAGAGCAGGCCUCCUCUGGCAGACCCAGCCCCCAUAAACCCAGGUCACGAGACGGGGCCUCUGAGAACAGAGGUGCAGGAGUGGAAAAAGUAUGCAGCAGGUCCCCUUCAUUAGUCAAUUUUGAGAGGCCAGCUAACCAAUCUCAACCAACCAAAGACUCUGCAGAGAAGCCUCUGGAUUUGUCAGGAAGAAUGAUUGAGUAUGGGCUGCCUGCCAAUGGUUUCUCAGUUAAGAUGGACUCUGUGUCAUCUGGCACCCGUUAUGGACUUCCCUCCGGUCGAGAGCUUCUAAAUGAAAAUGUAUCCCUCUCCCCUUCCUCCCAUCCUCAUUCUGUGGUCUGCAGCACUUCUUCAAAGGUCUCAGAGAGACCAGAAAUGAUCAGCACUUUACACUCAUCAUGGGUUGUACCAAGCCCAUCUCCCUCACAUGCACAGCACACGUCAGGUUUGCCACCCUCUCCGAGGUCAAAUGCAGACCUGGGCCUUUCACAAGCCAAAGGCACCUCGCCCUCUGUCAUCAAGAACAAGGGCCUAGAGAGGGUUCUCCCUCAGCAGCGAAGCUCGUCCUGUCCAAGGAUUGGAGAGCCCAACCUCAGUGUUCCCUCCUCUCAACAUUCUGGCUGCUCUUUGGUCAGCUCCAGGGCUCUUUCCCCGAAACCUAACGGUGAAUGGGUGAAGCACAGCCCCAGCCAGUCAGCGCAUCACAGAGAGGGAACAGAGAAGUCCGCCCAGACGAAUAAGAGAAGUGAACCAACUCCAGACCUGUCAUCAUACAAGAGGCCAUGUUUGGAGAAUGGUCACCCUCCUCCCCACCUUUUUCUUUCUCAAAGUGAAGCUUAUUUGAACCACAGCUUGGCUUAUGCUAACAGAUAUCUGCAGUACCCCAUCCCUGAUGGCUUGGCGCUACACUCCGUCCCAAUUUCAGGGAAAGGCCCAGUGUACCCUAACCCCGUUCUGCUUGGCAACAACGGCCUUUACUCAGCCCACUUGGCUGGAAAACACCCUUUAACCUACCCAAAUCUCCCAGCUGGUCCGGGCACAGAAUACCUCACUUAUAACUCACAGGAGAUGGCCCAUCCGCUGAUGCAGACACUCUCUGACAGCAAGCUGACAGACAGGGCAGAUGCAACACUAAAACCCCGGGGACAGGACAGACCACGGGGAACUGUUGAAGAAGGCGGGAGCCACAGAGAUCACAGUGCUGGGAAAGAGACAGGCGAAGGCAACCAAAUGAAGCAUGAUAGGGAGGUAGGCGUGCAAGGACAGGGUGGCAGUCAAAGCAAAAACCUCCACUCAUCUGCGGCGUCCAGAGAAAAGAUUGUCUGCAUUGACCUUGUACACUCAGACACAGAUAUCGAGUCUACCCCAACAGUCUACAAACAGCCUUCUGCUGAGACUAGCAACAAGGGGAACCAAAAUGAAUGUCAUAGCAGUCAAAACCUGACAAACACUGACGGUGAGACUAAACACCAAGCACAUCUAAGCCACUCUGGACAGACCCCCAACCUGAAGGUGAACAAUACUGAUGGGCAACAAGAAACUUUAUUUGGGAAAGGAAAGAUUCCCCAGGAAACACCCUGCCUUGUCGAGGUAUCAAGGACAUCCCAGACUAGACCAGAGCUCUCCGACGCAGAAGAGAGCACAGAGGAAAGUAGCCCCAGCCCAGACCCUGGGGAUCAAGAUCAGAGCACUUUACGCUGUGCCCGCACCUCGGGGGAGCGUAGCUCUGGUAAGGACAAAAGAGAUGGGGGCAGCUGCGUUCCUCUUGCACAGCACAAUACAAAUGCAGUAAAGGAGUGCGAGAGGGAGGCUGAAAAAGAGGACAAUAUUGUUGAUCUUGGGGAGUCCCAAGCAGAGGGAGAUGAUGAAGAGGAGGAGGACGAAGGUACCCAGGCUUCAUCUAAAAACUCUCGUAGGUCCAGCUUGGCCAAACGGAUCGCAAACUCCUCUGGCUACGUUGGCGACCGCUUUAAAUGCGUCACCACAGAGCUGUAUGCUGACUCUAGCAAACUGAGCCGCGAGCAGAGAGCAUUGCAGAUGGAAGUCUUAUCACGAGAGGAGAGUAAUAUAAGCCAACCUGCAGCUAACUGGGAGCGGGCAAUGAUGCGGUUCUCUGAGCUGGAGCUGAAGGAGAAGGAGGGCGGCGGCGGCGGCGGUUUGUGCGUUUCUGCCUCGGUAGCGGCAGCAGGACGGGAGCUGGCAGACGGCCAGCGCAGAGAGAGAGCGCUGGAGCACUGCCAGCACACCACCAGGCAGCCAGAGAGGGAGGGUGUCCGUCCGCUGUACGCCAACAACAGGGUUCCGGUUCUCCAGAGGUGCGUGGCGCCGAGGGACCUCGUGUCCCCGGGUCACCUGGCUCAAGACGGAGCCAGGAAAGCGGCGACGAGAGAGUCUGAGGAGGGACUGUGCAUGCCUCCCACUCUGACGCCAUCAAAGGAGUUCCUGGAGGAAAAGGUCGGCCUGGGCUUCGGAGCUGCCAGAAAACGCCCGCUCAUCAAGGAAGAGCAGGACGACUCGGAGGACGGGGAGCGGGAGAAGAGAGCCAAGCUUUCUACGGAUGAGUGCGAGCAGGCCAGUCCCGACGAAGAUGACGACGAUGACGAGGUGCGAAAGCUCAAAGUCCGCAUUGAGCUCAAGGGGCUGCGACUCAGCAAGCCCGCGGCGGGCGCCGCGUCACCCGACGGCUCCCAGUUCAAGCAGGAGAGGCCCUGGCCCCUGCCUCGGCCGGGAAACCCGGCGCAAACUCAGCGGGAGCGCAAGAUCCGGGCGGCAGAGCCCGAGGACCGGGCCGCGGCGCAGAGGAACGACAUCAACAGGAAGUGGGGCUGCGAGAAGCUACCUAAUGGAGUAGCUGCUCCCGCCCUUCCCCCCAGCCAGCCGAAGGACAGGCCACUCCAGCCGAGCCUCUACUCAGGUGACCGCGGCCUUAAGGAGCCGAAGAGGGGGCCCCCAUCGCCGGCCCCGGAGCUCUGCGUGGGAGGCGUCCCUCCCCUCAAACCCCGUCGCCAUAGUGACACGGACAAACCCAAGGGCAAGCGGCCGUGCAAGACCAAGCACACGGGCCAGCGAGACAGAGACAGAGAGAGGGAGCGGGAGAAAAGGAAAGAGGCCGCGCCCACCAGCCCCGGCCAGCGCUCGGCGCCUGAUCUGGGAUCAGCCGAGGACGACAAGCUGGCCGAGCAGCGCAGCGCUCCAAGGAAGAGAGCCGCCUCUCCUAAUCACUAUCCCUGCUCUCCGCUGAAGCCCUGCUCCCCCGCCGCUCUCUGCCCGCCCGCCCUGCUGCCCCAGGCGAACGUCAGAGCUCCGCCGGAGGUGCCGCCGGGGCUGCACAGGACCCCCCCUCUGGAGCCCUCCGCCGUGCGCCCCAUCCCGCCGGAGGCCCGGCGGCUGAUCGUGAACAAGAACGCCGGCGAGACUCUGCUUCAGAGAGCGGCGCGGCUCGGAUACGAGGAGGUGGUGCUGUACUGCCUGGAGAACAGAGUCUGCGAGGUCAACCACAGAGACUACGCGGGCUACUGCGCACUCCACGAGGCGUGCGCCCGAGGCUGGCUCAGCAUCGUUCAACAUCUGCUGGAUUAUGGCGCCGACAUCAACUGCAGCGCACAGGACGGGACCAGACCCAUCCACGAUGCUGUGGAGAACGACCACCUGGACGUGGUGCGGGUCCUGCUGUCGUACGGAGCCGACCCCACUCUGGCCACGUAUUCUGGCCGCAGCCUGCUGAAAAUGACCCGCAGCGACAGCAUGGAGCGUUUCCUCUCCGAUUAUUUUGCUGACCUUCAGGGCCGCUCAGAUGACGACCCAGGGCUUUAUUGGGAGUUCUAUGGCAGUGCUGUGUGUGAAUCCGGCGAAGAAGGCGGCGUUUACAACAUCCUGGCAGACGCCCCCGGCCCAGACAACGAGGACGAGGACGAGAAAAGGGAGGUGUUCGAGUUUGAGUUCUCCGACCGACCUCUGUUGCCGUGCUACAACAUCCAGGUGUCCCUCUCCCAGGGACCAAGAAACUGGCUGCUGCUGUCCGACGUGCUCCGGCGCCUGCGCAUGUCCGCCCGCGCCUUCCGGCAAGCCUUCCCCCACAUGGAGGUCGUGACGGUGGCCGAGGCCGAGUUCUACCGGCAGGCGUCCCUGUCGCAGCUCUUCUCCUGCCCGGAGGAGCUGGAGGGCUUCCACCCGGACAGCAAGGACCUGCUGGACCUGGUGGAGGACAGCGCGGAGCUGGCCGCUCUGCUGGGCUCAACACUGGAGUUUCUGGACGACCGCUGGGAGCACCCGGCGGACAAACUCAAGGACAAAAUGAAGGCGGCGGGCAGGCUGGCCUCAUCCUGACCUUGUUCCUCACCGAGCGGCGUUUGCUUUAGAACCAAUCAGAGGUUACAGAUAUGCCUUAGCGUGACCCUUAGUUCUCUCGGCUUCGGCCCGGUCCCGGACCAGCACCGGUGCACUGUACAGACGGACUGACCCAACCGGCUGACUGGGCUGCGGAAACAUUUCUCUCCGUUAACUAAGGAUCGACACAUUUCUGACUCAAUAGACUUAAUAAUGGUCUUAUUUUUAUAAAUUAAUAUAUGUAUAAAUAAAUAUAUACAGUAUAUAUGAUAUGGAGAGCUUUUUUUUCCCCCCUUUGUGACGUUGCUCACUGCUCCUCAAAGC